CAUGUUUGUGAGACUUUGUGCAUUGUAGAGUGAGGAAAACUGCUUCUACAAUACAGUACUGCUAACGCUGGCAUGCCAGUAAAGCACCUUUGAAUUGGAUUACUGGAAGCUGUGUAGACAGGUACCCGAGAAUGAGUUGGAUUCGAGCACUGGGUGUUUUCUGCAUUAUAUUUACCAGCACUGCGCCACACUAUUCUUCUGCAAGGACAUACUUGGUCACAACGCCAAAAGCCAUCCAUCCUGGCGUCAGACAUUCUGUAGCUGUCUCACUUCUGAAGGACAGCCCUUCUCAGGUCAGAGUGACAGCAGACAUUUUUAAUGGGAAAGUCCUUGUGGUUUCUGGUGAAGACACUUUGCAGCGAGGCUCCACUGGAUUGCUUGUACUUCCACCAAUUCCUAAGAACUCCACUGCUGAUGAAUCCCGGUAUACUCUGGUAGUGAAUGGCUAUGAUGGUGUGAAGCAGGUGUUCACUAACAGCACAUCACUGUUAUUUCAUUCGAAAAGGUUCUCUACCUUUAUCCAGACUGACAAGUCUCAAUACAAACCCAGGCAAGGUGUGAAGAUCCGAGUUAUAUCACUUUACUCUGACCUGAAACCCUACAACGCCCAAGUCAACAUUGUCAUAAAGGACCCUCAGGGUAAUUCUAUAGAGCAGUGGCUAUCGAUAGACAAUCAUCUGGGUGUUGUAUCAAAAGAGUUUCAGUUAUCUGACAACCCUCCUCUUGGAAGCUGGACCAUUGAAGCUACAGUAGACGGAAUAAUGAGUAGCAGUCCAUUCAUCGUAGCUCAAUAUGUACUGCCUAAAUUUGAAGUAGAGAUGAGGACCCAGUCUGUUUACUAUGUUCCAGACAUGAAGGAUGUAACUGGCACUGUCACAGCAAAAUACACCUAUGGGAAGCCUGUAAAUGGAACCCUGACUGUGAGUUUAUCAUUAAAGACCUACUCCUGGGGAAAGAAUAUUAACAUUACUAAAACAAUGCCAAUAGAAGGGUCAGCCAAUUUUACGUUUUCUUACGCAGACUUGGAAAACCACACCGGAUAUACACAACUGGAGUAUUAUUUUUAUCAACCUACAGCUCUCUCAGUUACUGCAACUGUGACGGAGUCCCUAACAGGAUUAACACGUAACACAAGCACAGAUAUAGGUACAGCCUUCUCUAAAUAUAAUCUGCAGUUUUAUGGAAAUCCAUCAGUAUUGAGGCCGUCAUUAAACUUUACAGCCUAUCUUAAACUGUCUUCAUAUGACAAUAAGGCACUGACCACAGAAGAGAGAAAGAACAAUGUGACUGUUUUUGUAAGACAAGAAUCCUAUUUACCCUCGUACUCUGGUAUGGAAGCGUUCAGGAUGUUUAAGAACAAUUCGGGUUUGCCAGAACCACCAGUCGAAGAGCUCGGCUUCAAGCAGUUUCUGAAUGAUUCGGGUUUACAAGAACCAGGACCAACAGAAUCCAUUAUCAGUUACGCCAUUCCAGAAAAUGGGAUAAUAAUGCUCAACCUCCCUAUUAUGGCCAAAACAACAAAUUUAAACAUUGAGGCAGAAUUCCAUGGCUCCAAGCAGUAUCUUUAUAUCAGUGCAUUUCACUCUCCCAGCAAAUCUUAUCUCCAGAUAGAGAAGCCCAGUUCAACUCCUAAGGUUGGAACACCUUUUCAACUUACAGUGGAAAGCAAUGAACUGAUAAAGGAGCUACAUUAUACAGUUGUGUCUAGAGGACAGCUGGUCGCGGUGGGGAAAGAGACCUCGGCUUCGUUUCUGGUGACUCCCACAGAUUCCUGGUCUCCUGCUGCCUGCAUGGUAGUGUUCUACGUUCGAGAUGAUGGGGAGGUGGUCAAUGACUUCAUAGAGUUAUCCAUUAGUAGCGUCUUUAAAAACAAGGUCUCACUGUCUUGGAGUAAAACUCAAGCCAAGCCCUCUGAGUCUGUCUCUCUUGGGGUUAAUGUGACAGAUCCUAUGUCUUUAGUUGGGAUUUUAGUUGUUGAUAAAAGUGCACAGCUUCUUCAAAAUGGAAAUGACAUCACAGGGGAUAUGGUGAUCAAAGAACAAGCUAGAUAUGAUGCGGAGGAUAAUAACUAUUUCUAUGGUCAACCUCCAGCAGACCCUCUGUCUGUUUUUCAGAAAUGUAACCUGUUGGUGAUGACAGAUGCUGAAGUUCAGAGUUAUUUUCCACCCAUAUUUUACAUGGUUCAUCCAGAACUUGUUAUGAAGGAACUAGACAAAUCAAGUGAGCCACGAGUCAGAACCUACUUUCCAGAGACCUGGAUCUGGUUGGACACUAAUACAAGCGCCUCAACGAGUGCAACUCUUAACGUGAUUGUGCCUGAUAGCAUCACGUCCUGGGUUGCCAGUGCUUUUGUCAUCUCUGAGGGUCUUGGGCUGGGAUUGACCAGCUCUCCUGCAGAGCUGGAGGUUUUCCAGCCCUUCUUCUUGUCUCUGAAUCUUCCAUACUCAGUUAUCAGAGGAGAGCAGUUUGUCCUGGAAGUAAUCAUCUUUAACUACUUGGACCAAGCUCUUGAGGCAACAGUGACCGUCGACAAAAGUGAUGCCUUUGAGUUAAUUGUUUCUGGGAACAGUGCUAAUACAGUGGAGAACAAGCAGAAAGUGUCUGUGCCGAGUCAAGAUGGCAUCACAGUUCUCUUCCCCAUUAAACCCAAGCAGCUGGGAGAGAUUGCAAUCACUGUCACAGCCACGUCACCUGCUGCUUCUGAUGCAGUCAUGCAGACAGUUUUAGUGAAGGCCGAAGGAAUUGAACAGUCAUUUUCUCAGUCUUUGCUUUUGGAUCUAGUUGGAAAUGGGCAGCAAACUGUGUCCAAAGAUGUAAACUUUACUUUCCCUGCAGAUGUAGUGAAAGGCAGUGAAAGAGCUUAUGUAACUCUUGUUGGGGAUCUCCUGGGUCCAUCUAUCUCUGGUCUUGAGUCACUUAUCCAGAUGCCCUAUGGAUGUGGGGAACAGAACAUGAUCAACUUUGCUCCCAAUAUUUAUGUUCUUCAGUAUUUAAUUAAGACAAAACAAAUAAAGGAGGAUAUUAAGACUAAAGCCAUAUCCUUUAUGACUCAAGGUUAUCAACGAGAACUGGCCUACCAGAGAAAGGAUGGCUCUUUUAGUGCUUUUGGUGAUGGUGAUUCUUCUGGAAGUACAUGGUUGUCUGCCUUUGUGCUCAGAUGCUUCCUGCAAGCCCGUCAGUUCAUCUAUAUUGACCCAACAGUGCUAUCCAGAACAAUAGAGUGGAUUGUACCCCAGCAGAAUACUACUGGGGAUUUCAGAGAGCCAGGGAGGGUCAUUCACUCUGAGCUGCAGGGAGGACAGAACGGUCCACUGUCUCUUACUGCUUAUGUAUUAAUGGCGCUCUUAGAAGACGAGACUUACAAGAACUAUUAUCAGAGUGCAGUGUUAGCAGCUGUGUCGUUCUUGGAGAAUAGGUUUGCAGACGGAAUCUCCAAUACCUACACUCUGUCUCUGGUGACGUAUUCUUUGUCUCUAGCAAACAGUACUCUUGCAAAGACUGCCCUGGAUGAGCUGAACAGGAGAGCGGAAAAGGAUGGUGGCUUGAUGUUCUGGUCCAGUCCCAUGGUGGGUGGAUCCAGCUGGUGGCAGCCUCGCUCCACAGAUAUAGAGCUGGCUUCCUAUGCACUGCUGUCUCAUUUGAAACAGAAGCGGCUUGCCGAGGGAAUCCCUGUCAUGAAAUGGCUGAGCCAGCAGAGGAACCACUUGGGAGGAUACUCGUCUACACAGGACACAGUAAUAGCUCUACAGGCAUUGUCGGGAUUUGCAGCUCUCUCCAGCUCACAAGAUGUGGGGCUGACGGUUACAGUCAGUGGAGCGGGCCUUACCUUUCUAGCCAUAUUCCACAUUGAUUCAACAAACCUUUUACUGCUUCAGAAGCAGAAGAUUGAAGUACAGCAAUCAAUGUCGGUUAACGUGAAGGCAGAGGGAAAUGGAUUUGGCAUAUUUCAGCUUAAUGUGUUCUACAAUGUGAAUAAUAAAUUAUCAAGGAGACGCAGAGAUACCAGUAAUCAAGAAGGGUUUGAUUUAAGUAUUGCCGUUAUUGACAACGUGGAUGACGUCAAUCAUGUGUCUUUGCACAUAUGCACAAGACUCUUGGAAAAUCAGAAUAUGUCACAAAGUGGAAUGGUUUUAAUGGAAGUGGGCUUGCUAAGUGGUUUUAUUCUUGUAGAAGAGGGAAUUGCCACAAAUCAAAUGAUCAAAAAAGUAGAAUCUGGUUCUGGAAAAGUGUUCCUGUACUUGGAUUCACUGAAUACAUCCCAGGUUUGUCUUGAUAUCCCAGCUAUAAGAGACUCUAAAAUCUCCAAUGCCCAAGAUGCUGUGGUGCUGAUAUAUGAUUACUACGAGCCUAGCAGGAUGGCAGUCAGGACUUACCGCUCUGAAGUAAUGCAGAGCAUAUCUUCAUGUGAUUUCUGUGGAAAGGACUGUGAACUGUGCAGGUCGAAUGUAAUGGCUGUUGAUGUCACCACAGCUGGUUCUUCAGCGGUUCCCAUACAUCACACUGGUAUCGCCACCAGUAUAUUUGCAGGUUUCUUAAUUUACUUGGGCUUGUUUUGUUUUUAACUGAACACAUUUAGUAUAAUAGAUUUGAGCCAAUAACACACCAUUUGUAUGUUGGCUAUAAUCAGCCGAUAGCUCAGUUUACAGGCUGCUGUGUCUGUAAAUUACUAGGAAAGGUAAUAAUCUCAUCUCUGGAUAAAUAAGAAUACUGGGUCAUAAAACCACUCUACUGAUUUCUUUGGUGAGGGCUGUCAAUUUUAAACUUGAACAUUUGUUCAUAUAAUGAAGUUUUUUGGAAGAUGAUUAACUAUAUAGUUGUAAUUUGAUUUUUUUUAAAUACAAUACUUUAUUUUACUUCUAUAGGGAAUGUAUGUUUGCAAUUUUAGACAAAUUUAAUUUGGAUAUGUACAAAAAAUAUUUUAAUG